GACAAUUGGAUUAUAUUUCCCAAUUUUCGACCAACAUACAGUUUAUAAAAGGUGAGUCAAAUGUUGUUGCGGAUACUUUGUCACGUUUCAACGUCGAUGCAAUUUCCUUCACCAAAGGAAUCGAUUUAUUAGAUAUGGCACGUUUGCAGACAGAUGAUCCUGACCUUGAUGCUUGUAAACAAAGUUCGAGCUUGUCCUUAAAAAGUGUUCCUAUACCGCAUUCUGACUCUACUAUCAUUUGUGAUACUUCUACUGGAACGCACAGACCUUUUGUGCCAAUAGUGUACAGAAAAGAGUUUUUGAUUGUCUUCACUCACUAUCCCAUCCAGGGAUUCGUGCUACUGUGAAACUGAUUGCCGAAAGAUUUGUCUGGCCAAAGAUGAAUGCAAAUAUAAAACUAUGGACCAGGACUUGUGUACAAUGUCAACGUAGUAAAAUACAUAGACAUACGAUUACAACACCGUCAGCAUUUAGUCUACCCGACCAUCGUUUUCAACAUGUUCAUGUUGAUUUAGUUGGUCCUCUGCCUCCAUCUAAUGGAUUCACUUACAUUUUUACUGCAGUGGACCGUUUCACUAGAUGGCCAAUUGCAUGCCCAAUAAAAGAUAUCUCCGCGGAAAAUGUUGCUGCUGUAUUCCUCGACAGAUGGAUCGCUAAUUUCGGUGUACCUUCUACAGUUACUUCUGACAGAGGUUCACAGUUCCAAUCUCACCUCUUCAAUGAAUUUACCCGCAUUUUAGGAAUCCAUCACAUCACUACAACAGCAUACCAUCCAGCAGCGAAUGGACUAGUGGAACGAUUCCACAGACAACUAAAAAGCUCAUUGAUGGUACAGCCUGAUGUUUCUAGAUGGAGUGAAUCUCUACCUCUUAUUUUACUAAGCAUACGUUCCACAAUUAAAGAAGACCUACAAUGUACUCCGGCACAGCUCGUCUAUGGAGCUAAUUUAACCUUACCGGGGCAGCUAGUGACGCAUAAUGGCAAACCCGUAUGUACGGAUCCCACUUCUUUUUGCGAAAGACUAAUGAGCCAUAUGAAUAACAUUAAGCCUGUUGCACCUCGGCCAGUUGUCUUAAAAGAGCAAGUUAGCAAGCAUCUAAAUACGUGUAAAUUUGUGUUUGUUCGUGUUGACUCCGUAAGACGCCCUCUACAACAUCCUUAUGAAGGACCAUUUGAAGUAGUUGAGAGGCAAACAAAAUAUUUCACAAUCAAUAAGAACGGAAAAAAAGAAACAGUUUCGAUCGACAGGAUAAAACCUGCUUUUAUAGAAUCUGAAACACAUGACAGCCGAAAGCCGUCUAAAGACAGCGGCGAUCACACAACGCAGCUUCCAGUGUUUCCAAAUAAUUCUUCACCAACUCCGACGAAAUCAAUAUUCGGCAAAACAGACAGUUCUAAGGUUACAGUUCCCACAAAUUUAAAUCCUAGUUCCGACACUUUAACUUCUACGAAAACAACUCGUUCAGGAAGACAUGUACAUUUUCCUAAACGUUAUGUUGAAUUCAUUACUUAAUCUUUAUUCUGUCAUUACCUGUAAUAUGAUUAAAUAUCUAUGUUAGCAGAGUUACUAAUACCAUUUUUUUUGCAAGCAUUUUUUUUUCUAAAAAAAAUUCUUGUGUACUACUAAUAUUGAUAAAUUCAUUGUGUUUCUCUCUACAUGUGUAUGCGUUUUAUAUGAUGUUUAUUAUUAAUUGUGCAGACAUAUACAAUUUCGUUGGACUCGUUCAGUUUAUCACUAAUUGUUUACACAAUUUAUACAUGUAUUUACACUUUUCGGUGAACUCUCAAUUUAAUUACCGUUAUUACUAAUGAUACUAUUAUUAUUAUUAUUAUUAUUAUUAUUAUUAUUAUACACUCCGUAUUGUUGUUAAAAUUUUUAUAUACAUUAAAGUCUCUUUACUACAAGACAAACAUUUUGUUCUUAAAUAUGUAUACACGUAUGAUUUUUUUUUUAAAUAACAUUUGUUUACCCUUUUCGUUCUGUAAUUUUCUCCUCCCUCCAAAGCAUUUAGAGUUUUACGUCGGGCAUACUUUCACUGACGCAUGCCCUAGGGGGGGAGUUAUAUGGUGACAUAUAUUCAGUGAUUUUUGUAACAACAAAAAUAGAAACCACAUUUUUUCUCUAAUUUGUCACACUUUAUUUGUAACCACAUUUUUAUUCAAUAUCUGUUGUUUUGCUGUAUCACUUGUUAAAAAGACGAUAAUUUUUGUUUCGAUGAAUGAUAUACACUUCUACUACCGGGUUGUUUAAAAUAUAGAACACUAUCUACGC